AUGCAACAAAUCAUCGUGUUUCUUUUACUUUUAUUUCAUUUAUCUUCGGCUACAAUUUGUUAUCAAUGUGUGACCGAUGCUAUGUUACAGAAUUGGUCUCGUUACGGAAUGCCCGUUAUGCAAGGACCACAAGAAGCAACGCGAUCAUGUAUGCAUGAUGAAAACGUGACACAGACAAUUCACUGCGAUGGUUUGUGUGUGAUGGUGAAUGUGAGUGGGAUGAUUAGAGGCAAAUCACAUCCACAUAUGGGUGUUCUCCGUGAUUGUCAACGCUAUUGGCAGCAACCACAAUUUCUGUUGGAUGGAGAAAUGAAAAGCUGUCGGUCACAAAUCAAAGAAUUGAAUCGAAGAACAACAGUCAAUAUUACUUAUUGUUUUUGUGAGGGUGAUUAUUGCAACGGUCUCUCCCGUGCUUCAUCCUCAUUAUUUCCAAUAUCUGAUCGUUCCCAUCGUCGUCGAUCUCAAUCUUCUUCUCAUUUGCCAUCAAUUUUACAAGGAAUCCUAAUUUUCGUCAUUAUUUCUCUUGGAGGUGGUCUAUUC